UGAGGAACGCUUAGCUUGCAAAACUAAUGACUAGAAAGAGAAGCAAUUGGAUAAAAAUCGGUUUCUGCUUUGGUCUUCUCAUCUUCAUCGCUCUUAGCGUCAACGUAUUGACGUACAAUGCGUGUGUGUGGAGUGGUCGGUUAGAGAGUGCACCUCGACAAGGCCUUCCCGUGUGGCCGAAAAAAUUUGCCUACAUGUCCGAACGUCAGUCGUUAGGAGAUAGAAGAGGUAAGAUGGUGUGGGAUGAUGAGGAUGUAGCGCGUCUAAGACGCCAGACUGAUUGCCAGUCAUCUAGACAGACUGACCCCCAGCAAGUGCCAGUCGACUGUGAGUCUCCUCGUCUGCAUGAAGCCUAUCAACCGACAACAAGACAUACAGUAAUUGAAUGGGACUCGUUUGAUGACGAAUAUUCCUUCUCAUCAUUCAUGAACACACAGGGACAGCCAGCUGAGAGAAGGCACGGCAGCUCGGAGAGAGAUUAUGUCGAUAUGAAGGAGGCUGCUCUACAGCUCGUCAAUAAUAGAGAUCACAAAAACCUCCGACUUGUUAAGGUUGUUCAUGGAUAUAAACGAACAGACAGUCUGAGAGGUACCGAGUAUAUUCUUGAUUUAUUCUUGGCUCUUCCUAGUGGAGCUCCGGUCUCACAACGUCUUCAUCUUGUUCGACCUUACAGAGAGAUGAUGAUCGAGUCUGUACAAACAUACACUGAUCUGAAUUUGCACAUCAGUCUUAUAAUGCCGCUCUCUAAUCGACUUGAGAUUUUCAAGCAGUUUAUGUAUCGUUUCCGGAAAUGCUGUAUUGGACAGAAGUUUGUUGAUGUCUUUUUGGUGAUUGUCUACUUUGGGAAGGAAAAUCUGAUCGAACUUAAGGAAUUAUUAGGAAAGUAUAACACUGUAUUCAACUGGAAGAUGUACGCAGUACUUGAAUUGGAUGAAAAUUUCUCUCGUGGAAGAGGACUGAUGAAAGGAGCAGAAUAUGUUCAACAAUCAUUGUCCAACCACCGUGUUAUGUUCUUCUGUGAUGUUGACGUACGCUUUACCACGUCAUUCCUGCAGCGUUGCUAUCGUAACGUCGAAGAAAGGAAGAGGGUGUAUUACCCCAUAGUAUUUAGUCUCUAUAAUCCAGCAUUGGCAAUCAAUCAUAAAACAGGGCCUUCUGUAUACAUUAAGAGAGAAAGUGGUUUCUGGAGAGACUUUGGCUAUGGCAUGGCAUGUAUGUAUGUGAGUGAUUUCUUCAAUGCUGGUGGAUUUGAUCUUUCCAUCCAGGGAUGGGGAGGCGAGGAUGUAGAUUUGUAUGAAAAGCUUGUUAAGAGUGGCAUCGAGAUGAUGCGCUCUGUUGAUGAAGGGAUUUAUCAUAUUUUCCAUGAAAAGGAAUGUAAUCCAAGUUUGAGACCAGAGCAAUAUCAGAGCUGCAUGAACUCCAAGAUAUCAACUUCUGGUUCACAAAAACAGCUUGGUAAUAUAAUUAUUGAACAACAGGAGAGAAUCAAUCAGUUGGAACGAGAGCUUGUCAUGCAGAAACAGCUUCUAAAGUCAAAAGGAUUAGGCAAUGUAACAUCGAAUGUAAUGGGUGGUAUGGCAGCACCUAUAGCAGAUGAAGCUGUAGCAGAAGGGAAACAGACUGUGAGGAGGCGGGGACUCAAGAUUUAUGUGUAUAGCUUACCAGGACGAUUCAAUCACGAGCAGCUAAAAAUUAAUGACGAAGAUCCACCUGCUAUAUGGGACUUUGACUGUACUUCAAAUUCAUACAGUACAGAGUAUGAUAUUCAUCAGCGACUUAUUGAUAGCGAAUUCCGCACUGAUGAUCCUCAAGAGGCUGACCUGUUUUAUGUGCCUGUCUACAUGGCAUGUUUCUAUAUCAACCAAGCCGAGGGAGAAGCAUUGGAGAAAACAAGCAAGUUUAGUCAACAAGCUUUCGCUUACAUAAGAACUAAUUUCCCAUACUUCAACAGAUCAAAGGGACGAGAUCACUUAUGGACAUUCACAUUAGCUCAAGGGCCAACUGUGUUUGGUGAUUGGAAACCCAUCAAAAAUGGCAUUUUCCUUGUUCAGCAGGGUAGGCUUUCGAGUGACAGCUACAGCCCCUACAAAGAUGUUGUAAUCCCUUCUUAUGUUGACCCUGAAGACGUACGACCUAUCUACGCCAUCCCAUUCACAGACCGUCCAACACGAACCCUUUUGGCACACUACAGUGGCAGUGCAUUUUCGAUAGACAACAAACAGUCAACAGGAGACAUCAGUUCACUUGCUAUGCAGCUUGUUCGCUUAUAUUCCCGUGUCCCACGUUUCCGUAUGUCCAUUUACCGAAACAAGGUCUACUUCCUAGACAUGAUGUCAUCGGUCUUCUGUCUAUGUCCGGAGAAUAUGCAGGAUGUGCAUCGUGUCUAUGAAUCGAUCAUUCUCGGUUGCAUCCCAGUAAUCAUCGGCGAAGACCUUGAGCUCGCAUUCGAAGACAUUGUUGAUUAUUCAAAAUUUGUGAUCCGUAUUAGUCUCCAAAAUAUCGAGCAUCUGCACACUGUUCUACUGGGAAUUAAAGAGGAUGAUAUCAGACGAAUGCGUCGAGACAUGGAGCAUGUUUGGAGCAUGAUCAGCUACGACAACAAGGUGGGACAUGCAUUUGACAACAUCAUCUACACUCUGGCAAAACGAAAACCGGAAAAGAAAAUGAAAAUAUCAUAUUAUGGAGAGCAAACAUAGAACCUUUAUGAAUAGAAUCUAUGUUGAAACCUUUAAUUUAUUAACAGUUCAUGGA